AUGGAACAAGACUCUUCCCCAUUCGUCGAGCUCGAUCUCAUCGCCUCCAUGUCGGCGGCCGCCACCGCAACCCUUGCGCCGCCCACUCCCCCGUCCCCGGCCGAUCCCGCCUGCGAGGCCGCCGAGCAACGCGUCUUCUCCUGCAACUACUGUCGCCGAAAGUUCUACAGCUCGCAGGCUCUCGGCGGCCACCAGAAUGCUCACAAGCGAGAACGUCAGCUGGCGAAACGCGGCCGCGCAGCACCGGUGGACGACCACCGCUUCUUCGCCGGGGUUCCUCUCCGGCCGCUGGGAAUCCAAGCGCACUCCAUGGUUCAUAAAUCGUACUUCGGUUCGUCGUCAACGCCGGGGAUGGUUUCCGGCAUGGUGGCGGCGAGGCAGGGGUGGUACAGGACGCCUGUUGCCGCGGGGGUGGGGCGGUUGUUGCCGGAGGAUUAUAUGGGAGGGAUGUUUAAGGGGGCGGGUGUGAGGUUCGAUGAGGUGGUGGCGCCGCCGCCGGUGAUGGCGGGGGGCCGCCGCCGGUGA